ACCUAUGUUGAGAUGCUCUGAAGAAUAGCAGCCACCUCAGGAAUGUCUAUUGCCAUACAAUGACUAAAACAAAUUCCAUCAUCUUCUAUUUUAUCAUUGUCUUAGAAUUGAUACUUAUCAAAAUCCAACUAUCUGAUGGAAGUGAGCUCAUCAUUAGGAGACCAAGAGCAAACCUCACCCAUGUGCCCAAAGACCUACCCUUGGCAACAACUACUUUAGAUAUAUCACAAAACAAUAUAUCUGUGCUUCAGGCUUCUGACAUCGUCUUGCUGUCCAAGCUGAGGGUCUUGGCGAUGCCCUACAACAGACUCCAGUGUCUUGAUAUGGGUGUUUUCAAAUUCAACAUGGAACUGGAAUAUUUGGAUUUGUCCCACAAUGAGCUAAGGGUGAUUUCUUGCCACUCAACAGUCAACUUCAAGCACUUAGACCUCUCCUUCAAUGCAUUUGAUGCCCUGCCCAUAUGCAAGGAGUUUGGCAACAUGUCCCAACUAGAAUUUCUGGGACUGAGUGGUACUAAGGUACAAAAUUCAAGUGUGCAGCCAAUCGCUCAUUUGAAUAUGAGUAAGGUUUUGCUGGUUUUGGGAGAUGCUUAUGGGGAAAACGAAGACCCCGGGAGUCUUCAGCAUGUCAGCACUAGGAGCCUGCAUAUCGUUUUCCCCAUGAAAAGAGAAUUCCGUUUUAUUCUGGAUGUAUCCGUCAGCACUGUAAUCAAUUUGGAAUUAUCUGACAUCAAGUGUGUACUUGAAGACGAGUGCUCUUAUCUCUUAAGGGCUUUGUCAAAGCUUGAAAAGAAUGAGAAGCUAUCAAAUCUUACCUUAAACAACGUUGAAACGACAUGGAAUUCCUUCAUGGGCAUCCUCCAGUCUGUAUGGCAUACACCCGUAAAGUAUUUCUCAAUUUCAAACAUGAAACUACAAGGUGAACUUGAAUCAAGAGAUUUCGAUUAUUCCAACACUUCUCUGAAGGCUUUGUCAAUAUAUCGAGUUGUCAGUAAUGCGUUCAGUUUAUCACAAAAUUACCUAUACAGUAUCUUUUCCAACAUGAACAUCCAAAACUUCACAGUGUCUGGAACACGCAUGCUCCACAUGCUUUGCCCAUCCCAAGUUAGCCCAUUCCUGCAUUUGGACUUUACAGAUAACCUCUUAACAGACUCGGUUUUUGAAGAUUGUAGAAACUUGAUUGAAUUGAAAACACUUAGUUUACAAAAGAACCAGUUAAAGAAACUUGAAAAUAUAAUUCUUAUGUCUACGGAGAUGAUAUCUCUACAAAAGCUAGACAUUAGCCAGAACUCUCUAAGCUACGGUGAGGGGGAAAGCCUGUGCUCCUGGACUGAGAGUUUGCUAGUUUUAAAUUUGUCUUCAAAUAUGCUUACUGACUCUGUCUUCAGAUGCUUGCCUCCCAAGGUCAAGGUCCUUGACCUUCACAACAACAGAAUACUGAGCAUCCCCAAAGAUGUCACCCACUUGCAAGCUUUGCAGGAACUCAACGUUGCAUCCAAUUCUUUAACAGACCUUCCUGGAUGUGGGGCCUUCAGCAGCCUCUCUGUGCUGGUCAUUGAGCACAAUUCAGUUUCCCACCCCUCAGCAGACUUCUUCCAGAGCUGUCAGAAGAUUAAGUCCAUAACAGCAGGGAACAACCCAUUCCGAUGUACAUGUGAGCUGAGAGAAUUUGUCAAAAACAUAGGCCGAGUAUCAGGAGAAGUGGUCGAGGGCUGGCCUGAUUCUUACACAUGCGACUCCCCAGAAAGCGCUAAGGGGACCCCAUUGCAGGACUUCCACAUGUCUGCCUUGUCCUGCAGUACUGUUCUGCUGAUUGUCACCAUCGGGGCCACUUUGCUGCUGUUGGCUGCCAUUGUGGCUUUCCUCUGCCUCCGCUUUGAUCUGCCCUGGUAUCUGAGGAUGGCGUUUCAGUGGACACAGGCCCGGCACAGGGCCAGGAACAUCCCCGUAGAGGAACUCCAGAGGAAUUUCCAGUUUCACGCUUUUGUCUCAUACAGUGGGCAUGAUUCCACCUGGGUGAAGAAUGAAUUACUACCAAACCUAGAGAAAGACGACAUACGGGUUUGCCUCCAUGAGAGAAACUUUGUCCCUGGCAAGAGCAUUGUGGAGAAUAUCAUCCAUUUCAUCGAGAAGAGUUACAAGUCCAUCUUCGUGUUGUCUCCCCACUUCAUCCAGAGUGAGUGGUGCCAUUAUGAACUCUGCUUUGCCCACCACAAUCUCUUCCAUGAAGGGUCUGAUAACUUAAUCCUGAUCUUACUGGAGCCCAUUCCACAGUACUCCAUCCCUAGCAACUACCACAAGCUUAAAACUCUCAUGGCACGGAGGACUUAUUUGGAAUGGCCCACGGAGAAGAGCAAACAUGGACUUUUUUGGGCAAACCUAAGAGCAGCCAUUAAUGUCAAGCUGGUUAACCAAGCAGAAACCACAUGUCACAUACAGAGAUAAGAAUUUU